AAAUUAAUGAGUUGUACGAGUGUUUGUACGGCUAUUCCAAGUGGCCGUGUACUCGUUAUUUCGGUGACGAAAAAUGCCGAUAUCAAAUAAGAAAAAAGAAUGUUCGGUGCACGUUUUACCGUAAAACAUAUCGACUAUUUAGCAUAGCUAGCUGAUAAAUUCUGUAGAAGGCAUAGCUCGCAGCUGUUUGGUUAAAUUUCUUCAUCCACCGCCCCCUGCCAUCCGAUCGCAACUAUAUUCCAUUGAUUUCUUGUGUUGGCGAUUUUUGUGUUAAAGAAAUACCUUCAGUCUUGGUAUCGCACCGCUGCAUAUAAGCUGCGACUCGGUAUAUGUGCAUAUAUUCCGUUAUUACUCCCCGCAAUUACGUAACAGCCUGGAGUUAAAGUUUGACAGUUUAGCUGGCGCGCGAGUAAUCCUAAACGGCGUCUAGUCUUCAUCAGAAAAAAUGUCGCUGUUCAAUAAACCAAAAAGGAACAUUCGGCGGCGGCCCUUUAACGAGGAUGACGAAGAUAACGAAAACCGCAUGGAUUCUAACGAGGAUUCACAAUCCUCGAAAUUUAAACCCAAGAAGAAGGAUAAACCUAAACAAACGCUCCUCAGCUUCGGAGAGGAGCUUGACGAAGCCGACGAAGGAGAAGUAUUUAAAGUGAAGAAAUCGUCGAGAAGCAAAAAGCUGAUGAAACAGCUCGACCACGAGCGGAAAAAAAAGAAAGGUGAAGAGAAAAUGCAAGUGGACUCUGAGCAAGCGAACAUGUCCGUUAAGCAGGAAAAAGAUUUAGAAAUAAAGACAGACGAUCUAGUAGUGAAAAUAAAAAAUACCAAUCCACUGAUAUUGAAUGGAAGAGCUGCCCUAGUUGCUGGCAAAGAUGACUAUACGUCCGAAGAGGAGGAAGAUGACGCGAGUAGCCAUAAAUUUCGAAAAAAUACAGACAGAGCUGACACCAUGAAGAUACUUUUGGAGAGUGGUUGCAUACCUGAUGCUGCGAUGAUUCACGCCGCACGAAAGCGUAGGCAAAAAGCAAGGGAAUUAGGUGGCGAAUUCAUACCUAUAGAGGAGCAGAGGGAAGAGAAAGGAAAAUCCAGGCUCGUCAGGGAAGAAGAUCAUGACAGAAGCGAUGAUGAAGAUUCUCAAGAUCGCAUCGACAUGACAGUAAAUACAGACGCACGUGAUAAAGAAAAAAGGCGGGAAGCUUUUUUCGCUUCUCAACUUCGCGAGAAAUGUACAGUUUCAGAUAACGAAAGUGAGCAUGGUAACGAAGAAGAAGAAUGGGAAGCACAACAAAUAAGGAAAGGUGUUACCGGAGCUCAGAUCGCUGCUGCCCAGCAAGAUUCGAUGCUUCAACAACAAUAUUCAAUGGGUAUAAAUGUUGGUCAAAUAAUUGCGCCAGGAUUACCUCUCGAAAUGGCGAUGAUGCCUGCUCCGCCACCUCCGCCUUCCUUACAUCCACCGGAUCCCACAAAAGUUGUACCUGUUACCCCGCAAGAAGUCGCCAAUAAAAUGCGUGGAAGGCUCGAGAGUCUGCGAGAGGUGUGCAGACGUCAUCUUCUAGAUCGGGAUCGGGUAAUCGAGGAAUUGAUACAAACUCACAAGGAACUGGAGGAAGGCGAAGCACGAGCGCCACAACUUGCACAGCGCUUCAGAUAUUACCAAGAGUUGCGUGGGUAUGUCACUGACUUGGUAGAGUGUCUUGAUGAGAAGCUGCCUCUGGUUAUCGGAUUGGAAUCACGCUGGCUAGAUCUUUACGGAGAACGUUCAGCGGAGCUGAUGGAGAGGCGGAGGCAAGAUACCCGCGAUCAAGCCGAAGAGAUCACUUCUGCCACCAGGAAUCAAGGAACUCUUAGAAGAGGUCUUGAAGACGAAACAAGAAUCCGGCGAGCUACAGAGAGGGAAGGUAGAAGAGCUCGUCGGAGACGAGCCAGAGAAUUAGCCUCAACCUUACCAAAACACAUUGAUGGUAUGUCAAGUGACAACGAAGUUACCGAGCAGCAAAAUCUUGCAUUUAAGCAAGAAAGAGACGAUAUCGACAAUGAGUGCAGCGAUGUAUUUUCGGACGUUGUUGACGAAUUUUGUACAGUUCGUGGAAUUCUAUCAAAAUUAGAACAAUGGCGAGAGACCGACAUGGUCGCGUACACCGAAGCUUACGUUCCUCUCUGCAUACCUAAGAUUAUAUGUCCAAUUAUAAGGCUGCAACUUGUUACCUGGAAUCCUAUUAUGGAAAGCGUUGACUUGGAAAGAACAAAGUGGUACAACACGUUGCUCCUCUAUGCACUGGACUACAAAGAAACAGAAGACAGUUUAAAAAGUGAUCCUGAUGUCAGGCUGGUCCCAUUUGCAAUGGAGAAAAUUGUUCUUCCGAAACUUACACUGAUUGUGGAAAAAAUCUGGGACCCCAUGUCGACAUCACAGACUCUGAGAUUAGUAGGCACAGUGAGCCGUUUAAUCAGAGAUUACCCGAACCUCACUGAUCAAAGCAAACCAUUACUUACGCUCUUCACAGCCAUUUUAGACAAGAUGAAACUAGCUGUAGAAAACGAUGUAUUUAUACCAAUAUUCCCAAAGCAGCUAUUAGAUACUAAACAUCAAUUUUUCCAAAGACAAUUCUCAAUGGCAGUUAAACUGCUCCGCAAUCUACUUAGCUGGCAAGGACUGAUCGGAGAUACCCCGUUGAAAAACUUGGCUUUGGGAUCACUGUUGAAUCGGUAUCUUUUAGCUGGUUUAAGAGUGUCGUCCGCAGUUGAUGCCCUUACCAAAGCUAACAUGAUAAUGAGCACUCUUCCACGGGCUUGGCUACAGGGGGAAACAAUAGAUCAUCUGAAAAUGUUUGCUGUCCUUAUUCUUCAGCUUAGUGAACAACUGGAUCAGGCCAAUCCAAGUCAUAAUGAGGCGUGGGAAUAUUCUAAGUCGAUCCUCAAAAUAAUCAAACCUUCAUAGCUUAAAAAAUCAGAAAUUUUCGAAAGUUUCAAUCAAGUAAUCAACGUUUCAUCACAUCUGAUAGAUAGAUUAAUAAUUUUAACUGUAAUUUUUUAUAACAGGAUUCAAUCUUGUAUAGUUAUUAUAAUAUAUUGAAUAAUAGAAAAUUAUUCGAUCAAACAUGUAUGAUCCCG